CGAAUCACAAUAUGCAAAGUUUACUAAAUUACUUUAUUUCUUCGACUGAGUGAAAGUUCAUAAACUGCUAUUAAAUUAAAUGCAGCGGUGCUUUGACAACUUCGGUAGAAAAGUAAAUUUUCAAAAGUAGUUAUCGCAUUCAUGAACUACUUUAAAAAUUAUUGUUAUCAAUAUCGUGAUCGAAAUAUGGCACUUCGCUAUUAUCUAAAGGAAACGAUAGGCAACUCUAAAACUGCAUGCGAAAGCCGGUAUUCCCAUUAAAUUUGUGGAACUGGAAGCACGUACACAAUAAAUUCUGCAAUGUCUGGCUCCGAUGACGAUUGGUUUAGCAAGGACGAGGAUGAGCUAGUUCAAAAUCUAAACCAAAGGAUAAAGCAACAAGUUGACAAUGAGACACACGAAGAGCGCAUUGACUUUUGCAGCAGACCUGAUAAUUAUGUCCAGCAGCUUAGUUUGGAAGAAACUAAAGAUGCUAAGAGUCCAGCUCGUUUUACCACUGUUGAGUUUGCUAAGGCACUGAAAAUGACGGCACUCGAAAUGUUUCUCUAUUUUAUGUCCGAGAACCGUGAUCUCUUCAAGGAUCAGAUAAUGCCCAAUGACUCUCACAAACGGGUUCUUCAGUAUGUGCAAAUACUGACGAGACUCUGUCAACUGGAAAUGGGCGGUUUUGAUGAACAGCUCCUUUCUGGUUUUGCCAGGCAAUCAGUGCUGUUCGACCACAUGAAGCGCUUUGCUCUGAAAGUCUUUAAACCACGUUCUAAAGAUAGUUUAGAUGACGAAAGUCAAGUGCUGUUGUGUGGCAUAAAAAAUUUGCUAAUUCGCGCUCACAAGAUGGGCAAACUACAAAAAUCUGGAUACGAGCUAAUCGAGCAUUUUAAAAAGCUAAUCGCCCUUUGUCACACGCCUCAACUAUUGGAGCAUCCGUUGUGUGUGGGUUUCGCCAAGGAAUUGGAAGUCCUGCCCAACGUUUCACAUGUGAAAAACGAAAUAUAUCCCAAACUAGAUCAAUUACUACGAACUGAUGCCGUCGGUACUGAAGCAAAUAUUGCGCCUGCACUCGACUCUGCCGACGUUGCUCGCUAUAUAGAUUGCCAACGGCAACUGCUUUGCGAGGACUUUACGCAACCACUGCGUGAAUACGUUCAGCAUCUUCGUUCCAAAAGUAACAUCGAUGAAUUGGUGGCGGAACAACUACUUUUCCCGCAUACACAGCUAAUGUUGAAUCCAGAAUUUGCCGAAGCACAGCAACAUAGUCUAAUUUUCAUGCAAUUAAUGUCACCUCGACAAGAGGAAAUUAAAUAUCUAAAGAAUGUUAAGGGGGGAGCUUUGCUGUGCUUCACCACCAGUUAUGAUUUCGAUAAUCUUAUUUUGGCCACUGUUUCAUAUACUAGCCGCCUAAUGUUAAAUCAAGGCUAUCUAAAUGUGGAGGUUGUCAAGCAGUACAAUAUUGGUAAUAUCUAUGGCAAACCAUUAAUCAUGUUCGAGACGCCGGUGUUCUUUGAGCCUUAUUUGCGAGUCCAUAACUAUCUAAGUACCUGCAGCGCGGACAAUUUUCCUAUGCGACGCUACAUUGUCGAGGGCCAAGUUGAUAUACGGCCGCCAGCUUAUAUCCGUCCAGACUUCCAGCCGCCUCUGCAGACGAAACUGAAUGAGUCACAGCGAGCGGCUUUUGGUGCUGCUCUUCUCAACGAAUUCUGUCUUAUACAAGGACCACCGGGCACUGGCAAAACACAUUUAUCCGUUGAGCUGGUCAAUACGCUCUUGCAGAAUGCCAAUCGCCUUAAAUCGGGGCCCAUUAUUGUGCUGACGUACUCAAACGACUCGCUGGAUAAGUUCCUGCUGAAGGCCGCCCAGUACACGGACAGCAUUGUACGUUUUGGGAAUCAGUCGCGUUUGCCAGAAAUCGAGAAAUAUAAUGUGCGCGGACUAACCGAUGAUCAGCUGGUGCCGCCGCGCCUCAAACGGGUAUGGUGGUUGGCCAAGUGCGAGUUUAAGGAACAGUUUGAGCAACUGCAGACUCUGCAUGCCGAUUUUGAUGGCACCGAUCCAGCCUAUUUGCUAAUACAGUCCAAGCUAGAGCAAUUGCAGGUGGUUGGUGAAAAAAUUAACACGCUGCGCGCAAUAUUUCAUUUCUAUCAGGCACGCGAUAAGGCUCUGCUAGCAAUGACGACAUCGUGUGCUGCCCGCCUCAACUUUUUGUUCCGUCUGCUUGAAAGCAAGUGUGUCAUCUUUGAGGAGGCCGCCGAGAUAGCUGAACCGCAUGUCCUAGCUUGCCUAACGCCUUACACGGAGCACGUUGUACUGAUUGGCGAUCACAAGCAGCUCCAGCCACAUACAGGCAAUUAUACGCAGCAGGGACUGCAAGUGUCGCUCUUCGAGCGCUUAAUCACACAUAAUUUUCCGGCAAGUGUGCUCAAUGUGCAGUAUCGUAUGCGUAGCUGCAUUGCUGAGCUCCUGGUACCCAUAUUCUAUGAUAAACUAAUCAGCGAUGAUUCGGUAAACGCCUACGGCAAUGUGACAAAAAUGGCAAGCAACAUGUACUUUGUCAAUCACACCCAUCCCGAGGAGCAGAUGGUGGACAUGUCUUUUAUAAACAAACACGAAGCUGAAGAGUUGAUGAAUCUAUUGAAACACUUGAGAUAUGACCCCAGCAAAGUUGUGAUACUAUCGCCCUACAAUGCCCAAAUUGAAUAUAUUAAAUCGCUCCUAAACAGAAAGAAGCUAUACAAGUACUUGGUUACAAGUGUGGAUAGCUACCAGGGCCUUGAAGCUAACAUUAUUCUAUUGUCGCUGGUGCGCAGCAAUCCGGCCGGACAGAUUGGAUUUCUCCGAUUGCCGAAUCGCGUUUGUGUGGCCCUGUCGCGUGCUCGUUUGGCGCUCUACAUGAUUGGGAACAUGGAUACGCUGCAGCAUGGCAAUCCCAAACUUUGGGGAGCAAUCAAUGCAAAGCUGCGCGCAGCAAAUGCUAUUGGCCCUGCCUUUCCAUAUUCCACAGAAAGCGUGGCUUAGACAAUAUAUUGUGACAACGGCUAAACGCUGCUCGCAUUAUUCUAUUCUU